AUGCUACCUAUUGUACUUCAUUUACAUUGGCUAUAUGAUGACGAGAAGCAUUUCUACUCUCUGAAUGCUGUUACGCUGUAUUUCAUCUCUAUUUGCCUUGUCUUAACUGAUAGUGAGAUUCUAAACAAUGAACACCUACCAACAGCAGCCAAAUGGUUUGUGAGACAUAGAUAUCUGUUGGCUGCAGCCAUGAUUGCUUUCAAUAUUUUGAUACUAAUUAACAGUGUUAUUCACCUUGUUGGAUUGUGGGAAAAUAUUGUAGUGGCUUGUAUGCUGGCUAUUGUCAUAAUCUAUCUUCCCAUUUCAACAUGGUUUCACUUUGACUGCUGCACUGACUUUUUAUUUUCUCAUUUGAAAUCUACAAAACUUUCUAAAAAACAAUGGUUAUUACUAUUCGGAUUUCAUACUGUACUAGCUGCUUUAUAUGCAAUCCUAUUUUUAUUUGAUGAAAGUUGUCUGGGAAACAAAGAGUUUGUUCUGAAUUUUCAAUUCAUUAGAUAUUUUUGCCAACUAAUUAACAUCAUGUCGAUUCCAAUGAGUUAUCAAGCAAUUCUUUUAUGGAACUCUGACAAAUUGAAAUUCAAAGAAUGGUAUCCGACAACGAUGGAGUGGGCGGGAUUGAUGAAGAGGAAUCCAGAUGGAACAUGGGAAAUUGAUCAGAGUCCAGAAGAUCAUAACGUCUUAAUUGUGUGA